CUCCGAGCCCACCCAACACCCAAUGUCCUAAUAUUCUUUACUUUCUUCUUCAGCUUUCCAUCUAUCUUCAAACCCUAGUGAACCAAAAAAAUUAAAAACAAGUUGCAGAACAAGAAAAAGUUUCAUUCUCAGUUGAAGAUGUUUUUACUCCACAACCCAAAGCAAACGCACUAGCCUCCUUUACCCACAAUCAUCUCCUUCAACCUCUCACACUUCAUCCAUGGCCGCCUUUCAUUUACCCCCCGUUUCCCUCUUCUUAUUCUUCUUCCUCUUCUUUAAAUCCAUCCAUUCUCUUUCAUUUCCUUCCUUUUCCCUUUCUGGGUUUCAUGGAAAUCCACAGUUUGGGCUCAAUGUCGCUCUGUACGGCGAUGCGGCUGUUGUCGGUGGCGGAGGUACCAGUGCUCUACAGCUCGCCAGUUCCAGUGCUGGACGAAUCAUGUACAAGAAACCCAUCAAGCUUCUUCGAGGUAAACCGAGGAGAUUGAUGUCUUUCUCUACAGAUUUCUCGUUUUCUUUAUCGCCAAACACAGGGGAAGAUGGACUGUGUUUUGUUAUUGUUCCUAGUAGUUUUAAUGUCAGUGCUUUUGAUAACGGACCAUUUGGGUUUCAUUUUGGAUCGGAGAUGAAACGGAAGGUAAACAUGAUCCUUGUUAAGUUUACUACUUCCUCUGAUGCUGAAAAUGGCGAUCUGAUUAAAACUUUGGUAGGAAUUGAUGUGGGUUAUAAGAGUAAUACAUCACUAGCAGAUUCAGGCAAUUUUUCAAACAGUUCAUGGGCAUUAAUUAGAGGGCAGAAUUUACACGCUUGGAUAGAUUACGAGGUGGGUUCUAGGCAAUUAGAAGUAAGAUUAGCAGAAAACAGUAACAACAAAAGACCAUCUACGCCAAUCCUUUCAUACCCAAUUGAUUUCUCUCAGAUUUGGGGAGAGAAUGAGGAAGUGGUAGUGGGUUUGAGUUCAUCAAAGGGGAACUCAUCCCAGCCAUGUUUUGUGUUUUCUUGGAGUUUCAAGGUGAAGAGCAUACCGAAUUGGAUGCAUUCGGAGCCACUCGAUCCAAAGACGAUCGUCAUUGCGAAGGAAUCGGAACCGGAAAGUGUUGUUAGAGAGGAGGAGAGGAAGAAUUGCUUAAUGAGAGUGGUUGCAGCCAUGAUUUUUGGGACUGGAUGUGGGGCAUUGACAGCUUUCCUUGGAUUGUAUUUAUGGACUAUCUUUGGCAAUAGACGACCAGUUGUUCCUGAGGAGUUUGCCGUGCAGCAGAUUGAUGUUAAGUAUAAGAAAGUUGUGUUGGAUAAAGCCAUCGAAGAUGAUGGUAAGAAGAAGGUUGAUGUUUGAAUUUGGAAAAAGAAGAAAUUUGUGUUGUAAAAAUUCAAUAUGUUUUUGUUUUGUUUUAUUGUAUCUGAAGAGGUUUUUGUCUUUUGUUGUGUUGUAGUUUGGGUAUCAAUUGUCUAAAGAUGCAGUUUUUUAGUUACAUUAUGUGCAAAAGAAAAGCCAUUCCCAUCUGGCUACUUGUACUGUUGAAACCAGCUCUUUUAACCCGCCCACUCAAUUUCAUUUUUUGUUUUUGUAACCUUAGUCCGUAUGAUUUUAAUAGUUAGAAUUUAUUAUUCCAUAUA